AUGGAGUUAACGAUUGAAGAAAACCCCAUUCCAGACUUUGAAGAAGCACUCAGAGUUGUUAAGAUCGACGACACUCAUUAUGUUGGUGCACAUCCAUUGCGCUUGCCUGUUUCCGUUGGUAGAGGUGUUUAUGGUGGCCACAUGAUAGCCCAGUCGUUGCUAGUAGGUAUUGAAUCAACACGUUCUGAUGACACAAACGAAGUGAUGAUCCCAGACUCGUAUCACUCUUUUUUCAUUAAUGCUGGAAAUUGGAAAACCCCAAUGGAGUACAAGGUGACUAAACUAUACGAUGAUGAGUUCAUUAGCAAGAGAUAUAUCUUAGCAUACCAGCGAGGGAAGAAUAGGAUCAGUUGUUUAGUGACUUUGAGAAAACAAGGGACCAAAACAUUGCACUCCCAGUCACCAUCACAACAACUGCAGCAGCAACUAACAUUACUUGACGAAAGCAUACCGCCACCCCCGUUGCAAUCCAAAUACCCAAAUCCUGAUCAGCUCCAUCAAGUACAACACACAGACUUUGUGCGUAAUGCAUUUGGUGAUGAGUUCCUCAACCAUAAGAUAUGCCCCGAAGAAAACUCGCUUCCCUUUUCAAAUCGAUGGGUCACGGUAUUCACUGGUUUAAAAAAUAUACCAGAGCCCGGUACAGGAUAUGAGAAAAUUGUGGACUCGUACCCUGAUGCCUUGGGUGAAGUUCAUGAUGUUGAAAAAUUAGUGUUGCGACCCAAAGACUCACAGUCAGUGAAAAACCCAAUAUACAAUUAUGUUGGUCUUGCUGAUAUCUCAGACUCUGCCUUUAUAACAACCAUAGCUCGUGUUUUGCACCUACCAUGGUCGCCUGCAUUGGAAAGGGGUGAGACUUAUGAUGCGCAAACAGAUGCUACAUACAUUGCCAGGGCUACUCUCAAUGGAUUGCAUAUUUUCCAUUACAAUGCCAUGUCGUUGGAUCAUCAUAUCUAUUUCCACAAUGAUGAAUACGAACCAAGAGACGGUUCAGCGUUUGAUAUAUGCAAAGAUUGGCUUGCGUUUACAUAUCAGAUGAAGAGAUUGAGCAAUAACCGGUUGGUUGCAAGAGGAUUCAUCUAUAAUGAGAAUCAAAGGUGUAUUGCUACUGUUGUACAAGAAGGAUUGACCAUCUUAUUCAAAGGAGUGGGAAGCACGGCCAACAAAGCACACUUGUAA